AUGAUAUUUCCACCCGGAUUGGAAAGGCCAGAGCAGCCUUUGAGAACCUACGUCACCUGUGGCGUAGGCGCGACAUCAGCUUCUCUGUCAAUGGUCGAGUUUACAAUGUUGUGGUGCGCUCCAUAUUACUAUACGGAUCAGAAACCCGACCGUUGCGCGUCGAGGACGUCAAAAGGCUUUCAGUGUUUGAAUACUGAUUUCUUCGGAGAAUUGCCCGAAUCUGGUGGGAACACCGGAUCAGUAAUUCUGAAUACAACCAUGGCUCAUCUAACCACCGUACAACUUCAGAAAAGACUACCAGCACUAGAUAGCACUGAAAUCCUGCAAAACGAAUGUCUUACCUUCAAUCCAUAUCGCUCCACCAAAGCGGUUACGCACAAUCGCGUUAUUCGUCACGUUCAACCGACUUCCCCGACUCAGUUGGCUGGCCAGGAGCAACGCACGUAUCACGUGGCCAGAAUGAUCAUAGAAGUAGGAAUUGGUUAUGGCCAAAUUUUUGGCGUUGGUCAUUCGGAGGUGUAUUGCACUGGGUCCGGUUAUAUUCAGUAUGACCAGACCGUUUCGAAUGAAGCGCAGAUUGGAGAGCAACACAUCGGGGCCAGUCUCGCCGACGCUGACGAUGCUAAUCCCGCCACCUUGGUUCGAUUCGAAUUCACACGUAUCAACUUUGUGUCUAACUGGCUGCGCUCGCACAUUGGGACGAGCCCCAGCAGGUUUCGGUCGCCGGUCAAUGGAUAUUCAUCCAAGGCGAGUUUGACCAAGUCCGAUGGCCUGGCUCCCAUUGGCCGUCCAGGCGAAGGUCGUGGUGGGUCUUGUUCUUUCGGGUUUACACUGGGCUAUCAAAUGGUUGCACGAACAGCUCCGUUCCAACCGAACGCAGUACCACCUGGUUCGUUUGCUUGGCUCAAAGUGACAGUCUAA